GCUCUUUGAAGGCCUUUUGAACUCGAACCUUCUUCCUUGAUUAUACCAGAUUGAUAUCCGCACCUUCAGAAUUAAUGGCUCCCAAAGGUGGCAACGCAAAAAAAGAGAGUGGUCGAGCCAAGAAGGCAGAGAACGAGGCGAAGAAGCAAGAGGCUACAGCUGCUGAGAAGGGGAAAAAAGAGGCUGAAAAAUGGGAGGAUGGCGCCAAGGGAAACAAAGCUAAGGAGGAAAAGGAAGCCAAGCGUCUAGCCGAGCUCGCCCGCAAAGCCGAGAAUGCGCGGCUGCUUGCAGAGGAGGAAGCUGCCCCUCCCGUAAAAGUCAAGACAGCACCCAAAAAGAAGAAAGAUGUCAAACCAGCUGGUCCCGGAGCAAUCGCAGCUGGAGGCAGCUCGAGUCAAGAAAUACCAGCAACAGAGACGAAUGUCAAGGAUGAACCGCCUAAGGAGAUCGAAAGCUAUGCUGCAACUGGCAUCGAUAAUGCACUGGAUCUACUGGAGGUAGUGACCGCAAAGAUGGACAAGGCCAGUGUAGGGCAACAAGCUGCAGGUAUCGAAAGGCACCCAGAGCGCCGAUUUAAGGCUGCGUUUGAAGCCUACAAGGAACGCGAGCUGCCAAAACUGAAAGACGAGCAUCCCGGGCUGCGCCUGCAGCAAUAUCAGGAUCUGUUGCACAAGCAGUUCCAGAAAUCACCGGAUAACCCCUUUAAUCAGGUCACCAUCGCUUAUGACGCCACGAAGGACGAGAAAUUGCAGUCUCUCAAGGAGAAGCAAGAUGCUGUGCAGAAACGCUUGCGUGCAUAACGAUCGUUCUGAUGUGAUAAUUGUAGGAAUUGGACAUUGGCAGACUCGGAAGUCGGGGUGUAUGAUAAAGUACUAGCGUUGCUGAAGUUCGAUUUACUAUCUCUAGAAGAGACUUGAUAACAAACAUCUGGACCUGUCCAUACGCAUUCUCACAAUCUAUUAACACUGCGUGUAUUGUUCGUGC